AUGCCCGUGACGGAAAUACAAACCACGGCGCAGUUCGACGCGCUCGUCGGGACGAAGCAGCUCGUGGCGGAAUUCACGAGCGGCUGGUGCAAGCCGUGUGGUUGGAUUGGACCCAAGUACGAGCAGCUGUCGCGGCGGUAUGGGAAUCUCACGUUUGUGGUGGUGGACGGGGAUAAGCUGCGCGACUUGGUGGCCCGGUAUAAGAUUACGGGGCUGCCGCAGUUUAUUAUGUUUAGGGGCGGGAGGAUUGUCGAUGAGUUUGGGGGGAUUGUGGAGGACGUGCUGGAGAGGAGGGUUGCGCGGUUUGCGGGGGGGAGUUGA